UUAGAUAUCGAAAGUUAUAAAUGGCGGGUCGCAUCGCCCCAAAACAGACGCGGGUAGAAUUCAGGAGGCAUAAUGGCGUACAAAAUCGGAAUUUUGCUGAUAUCUCUCUUCGUUGGGAGUUUAGCAUUACCCCACCUCCAAACUCCAGAUGACUUGUCCAUCUUCUUCGACCACACGGACUCGAGCGCUCGGAUCGUGGGCGGCUCACAAGCGCCACAAGACAGCGUGCCCUACAUGGUGGCUAUGACACAGGGGCUGCUGGUUCGCUCGUUCAUGUGCGGGGGCUCCGUCAUUGGGCAGAGGCUCGUGCUCACGGCCGCGCACUGCAUUGAAGCUGCCUUUAGCUUUGGAAGUCUGUCUACCUCUCUUCGCGUGACCGUGGGCACCAACCGCUGGAACCUCGGCGGGCAGACGUACUCCCUGAGGCACAACGUCACCCACCAGCACUACGUGUCGGACAUCAUCAAGAACGACAUCGGGCUGCUGGUGACCACCACGGACAUCGUGUACUCGAGCACCGUGAGGCCUGUGGCGCUGGCGUUCGAGGAGGCCGGCGCUGGGGUUGCCGCUAGGGUUGCCGGAUGGGGAAGGAUUAGGGCAGGAGGCGCUCUCUCCACCAUGCUCCUGGAGUUGUACACGGAAACCAUGGACAACCAGCUCUGCGUGGAUGAAGUAGAGAGAGCAGCCAUAGACUGGAAGGAACAGCACAAAGUGGACGCACCUCCCAUUGACCCUGUUCUCGAAAUCUGCACCUUCCACUCUUACGGACACGGCAAUUGCAACGGCGACUCCGGCAGUGCGCUAGUGCGCACAGACAACCAGCAGCAGAUCGGCAUCGUCUCGUGGGGCUUCCCUUGUGCGGUCGGCGCACCAGACAUGUUCGUACGCGUCAGCGCGUAUAGGCACUGGAUACUCGCGAAUGCCGUGUAAACAAUAACGACCUUAUUGGUUUAAUAAAACGGUUCAUGUUUGAAUAGCA